AUGGACAGCACACAUAGGAAACUUCAGCUAAAGUCAGAAGUGGGACUGAUGGAAGGAGUGUCCCUAAUUGCAGGGGUCAUGAUUGGUUCAGGGAUCUUCAUGUCUCCACAGACUGUACUACAAAACAUUGGUAGUCCUGGAGCUAGCCUAGCAAGCUGGGCAGGCUGUGGAUUGUUGUCAAUGCUGGCAACACUAAGCUAUGCAGAGCUAGGAACAGUGAUCCGUGAAUCUGGAGGUGAAUACAUCUACAUACUACGUACAUCUGGCAACUUGAUGGCAUUUGUAUUUGCCUUCACUUCUCUUGUGGUUGUGAGGCCAAGCAGCAAUACUGGAAUGGCUCUCAGCUUUGCUCAGAAUGCAGUUGCACCUUUCUAUGAAGACUGUCAACCUCCAACCCUGGUAGUGAAGUCUGUAGCUGCUUGUGGCCUUGUGCUCUUGGCCUUAGUUAACUGCCUGAGUGCGCGUGCUUCCAUUGCUAUCACCACAAUCCUUAUGGCAACUAAAUUCUUUGCACUGACUGUUAUUUCUAUUGGUGGUGUAAUGUUGCUUAUUCAAGGAAACACCAACAAUUUUCAAAAUGCAUUUGAGGGGACCAACCAUAGUGUUGGUGUAAUUGGAAUGACUUUCUAUCAGUGUCUGUGGGCCUAUGAUGGCUGGAACAACCUCAACUCGGUGACUAAAGAGCUUAAACGUCCUGAGCUUAAUUUACUGUUUUCUUUGCUUGAUGCAGUCCGAAAAUGUGACAGAUCCUGCAAACCCUAA